AUGGAUCCCGCACCGGCUAAGGCGAAGCCGCAGGGCCGGCUGCUGGUGUCCACGCAGCUGGACGCCAAAGACGAGCUGGAGGAGAUCAUCCCUCACUUCUUUCCUCCAUUGGAGUCUCAGGUCCGUCAGGGCGUCUUUAACUCGCUCACCUUCAUCAUGGAGAAGAGAGUGCUGGCUCACCUCGCUCCGCUGUUUGAUAAUCCUAAAUUGGACCGAGAGCUUCGAUCGAUGCUCAGAGAGAGAUUCCCCGAGUUCUGCAGCUCGCCGUCCCCCCCCACUGAAGUUAAAAUGGAGGAGGCCGUUUCCAUGGACAUGGACAACCACAUGUUGGACAAGGAGGAGGGUUGCUAUGACCACACAGAGGCUGCCUUCAGUGACGAUGAGGAGGAGGUCAGCAACAAAGGUGAUUACGUCACACUGCUGUCUGACGAUCUGUCGACCAAUCACUGUGCAGGAAAGAAGAGGGAGUUCAGGUUCCAUCCAAUCAAAGAGGCUGUGAUUGAGGAGCCCGCUGACAUCACUCCCUGGCUCGACCAAUUAGACGAUACUAUGAAAGAGAAAGUUCAACAGCUGCAGAAGACCAGUGACACAGAGACUCAGUGUGAGGUGAUGCAGGAAAUCGUGGAUCUGAUCCUGGAGGAGGACUUUGACUCGGAGCAGAUGUCUGCUCUGGCUUCCUGUCUGGCUGAACUGUUUAAAGAUCAUUUCAGAGGAGACGUCCUUCCUGAGGAGAUCACUGAGGAGUCCCUGGAGGAGUCUGUGUCUAAGCCGGUCUGUCUGGUGUUCAGGAACCUGGUCACCAUGCAGGAGGAUAACAGCGGGUUCUCUGUGCUGCUUGACAUGUUGGCUGAAUUUUACCAGAAACAGCCCAAGAUCGGAUACCACCUGCUGUACUACCUCAAAGCCAGUAAAGCGGCCAACGGUAAGAUGAUGCUGUACGAGUCUUUUGCUCAGGCGACAGCUCUCGGUGAUCUACAUACCUGUCUGAUGAUGGACAUGAAGGCGUGUCAGGAGGAUGACGUCCGGCUGCUCUGCUACCUCACCCCCUCCAUAUACACUGAGGUACACUCACUCACUCACUGA